AUGUCCCGAUACCAUCAGCUCACAGAUACUCAACCCGCCCAUGUCACAGCCUUAAACCUCCCUCCAAACACAUCAUGCGUGCUCGUCGAGAAGAGACGCAUCAGUAUCGAGCCAAUCCCGAUGCCUAUCCUACAACCGGACGGCGUCCUGGUCAAAGUCAUCGCCAACGGCAUCUGCGGAUCAGACAUGCACGUCUACCUCUCCGGCGGGAUCGGGGGGAGGGGGGCUUACGGCCGGACGGUGAUGGGCCACGAAGCCGCGGGAGAAGUCAUCGCCGUGGGCGAGCAUGUCACAACACAUAAACCCGGGGAUAGGGUUGCUGUAAUAUCUGUUUUGAUGUGCGCUAUUGCGGUGCUCCGAGGAACCAUGGAUCUCUCUCGAGGCAUGUUCUUCGCUCUGCCGGCAGACAUGGCUCCUCAUAUCCCAGAGACAGUGAGCUGGGAAGAAGCGGGCAGUAUCCAGCCAUUGGCGAUCGGCAUUCAAAUCGGCAAGCGUGCAGAUCUAAGAGCUCAUCAAACCGUCGCCAUCUUUGGCUGCGGGCCAAUCGGGCUCAUUACAGCCGCCGUCGCCCACGCGUACUGCGCCGCCAAGAUCAUUGCCUUUGAGAUCAACCCAUCGCGGGUGGCUUUUGCAAAGGAAUACCGGUCUCCGAUGACCGGGCGACCGAUCAUCGACCGUGUGUACCAGAUUGAGCCGAUCCCGACGGGCGAUGGCCAGGUACAGGACGCCGAAGAACAGACUCCAGGGGAUGCCAAAUGGGAGCAUGCAAAGAAACGCAUGGAGGCCAUAAUCCAAGAGUGCGGGUUUUCGGCCGAGCAAGGCGUAGACAGAGUGAUCGAGGCCAGUGGCGCGGAAGACGCCAUGCUGCAUGGCGUGGCUCUCUGCAAGCAGGGUGGUGUCUUCCUGCAGGUUGGACUGGGCCAUAUCCAGACGCAUACGUUUCCUAUGGUUGCGGUGACGAAUAAGGAGCUCGAUGUUCGAGGAAUCACCCGUUAUACCGCUUCAUGUUUUCCCUCCGCCAUUGACCUUCUCAGCCGCGGCGUGGUGGAUCUCAAGCCGCUCAUCACGGCGCAGUUUCCUCUGUCCAGGGCGAAGGAGGCUUUCGAGGCUGUGGCUAGUGGGAAGGAGAUGAAGGUCAUUAUCAAGAAUCAGGAAAUAUAG